GUUGUGAAUUGAAGGGGGGAAGAAAUGAGUUCAGCAUUAUAGGAAGAAAAGUGUGGAGGUGCAGAGGUAGGGGUUGUCCUGGGGCAGUGCCUUGGUUCUGUCCCUUAUUGCCCUCAUCUCUAGUCCCCAUUUUCCCCAUGUUGGAGAAGUUCUGUAAAAGAUCCUGCAUCGCAAACUUGGAAAGACUGAGAUUGUAAAGUGUUUUCAGUGUGUUAAUACUGGGAACAUAUCAGGUGAUUAGGAAAUGCCAACUGCUGCUACCUACUAUUGUCCUAUGUUUUUAUAAGAUCUGUACUUUUAUUUUAAUUUUCUUAUUUUUUUUUCCUCCAGGGUUAUUGCUGGGGCUUGGUGCCUGCACUACGAAUCCACUGCUCCUGGAGGCUAAUCUUCCCAUUUUGUUGCCCUUAUUGUUGUGCUUAUUAUAGUUGUUAUUGUUGUCAUAGCUGUUGUUGUUGAAUAGGACAGAGAGAAAUGGAGAGCAGAGGAGAAGACAGAGAGGAGGAGUGAAAGAUACACACUGCAGACCUGCUUCACUGCUUGCAGAGCCACCUCCUUCAGAUCUGAAAAGAAUUAAGAAAAAGAACAAAAGAAAGAUAGGAAGAAAGAAAAAGCAAAAAAAAAGAGCUUCCACAAUCAUAGCAAAUGAAGAUCCACUAGCAAAUCAAUCACGAUUUUUGACCUCCCCUCCGAGGAAAAGGAGCGGAAAGAAUGUCGGAGCGGGCCGCAGAUGACGUCAGGGGGGAGCCGCGCCGAGCGGCAGGCGGAGCAGCGGCCGCCCGGCAGCAGCCACAGCAGCUUCCGCAGCCCCAGCGGCAGCCGCCGGCGCGGCGCCCACGGCCGGAGGACGGCGGCCCUGGCGUCGCCUCCACCUCGGCCGCCGCCGCAAUGGCGACCGUCGGGGAGCGCAGGCCGCUGCCCAGUCCCGAAGCGAUGCUGGGGCAGUCGUGGAAUUUGUGGGUCGAAGCUUCCAAACUUCCUGGGAAGGAUGGGACGGAGUCGGAUGAAAGUUUCAAGGAGUUCGGAAAAAAUCGCGAAGUCAUGGGGCUCUGUCGAGAAGACAUGCCAAUAUUUGGUCUUUGUCCAGCCCAUGAUGAUUUCUACUUGGUGGUGUGUAACGACUGUAAUCAGGUUGUCAAACCGCAAGCAUUUCAGUCACAUUAUGAAAGAAGACAUAGUUCAUCCAACAAGCCUUCCUUAGCCGUUCCUCCCACUGCAGUAUUUUCCUUCUUCCCUUCUCUGUCCAAAAGCAGAGGAGGCAGUGGUAGUGGAAGCAGCCGUUCUUCCAGUGGAGGGGUUCUAAGUACCUCUUCAUUAAGUUCCAAGUUGCUGAAAUCACCCAAAGAGAAACUGCAGCUCAGGGGGAACACCAGGCCAAUGCAUCCCAUUCAUCAAAGUAGAGUCCCCCAUGGUAGAAUCAUGACCGUGACCCCCUCUGUCAAAGUGGAAAAGAUUCAUCCGAAGAUGGAUGGCACACUACUGAAAUCUGCGGUGGGGCCAACCUGUCCUACUACUGUGAGUUCCUCAGUCAAGCCUGGCCUUAACUGCCCCUCAAUACCAAAGCCAACCUUGCCUUCACCUGGACAGAUUCUGAAUGGCAAAGGGCUUCCUGCACCACCAACUCUGGAAAAGAAAGCUGAAGAUACUUCCAAUAAUAAGAAAUUUUUAAAUAAAAGAUUAUCAGAAAGAGAAUUUGAUCCUGACAUACACUGUGGGGUCAUUGAUCUUGACACCAAGAAGCCCUGCACCAGGUCUCUGACAUGCAAGACACAUCCCUUAACCCAGCGGAGGGCUGUCCAGGGUAGAAGAAAACGAUUCGAUGUGUUAUUAGCAGAGCACAAAAACAAAACCAGGGAAAAGGAAUCGGUUCGCCAUCUGGACUCUCAGCAACCAACACAGCCUCUCAGGGACCCGCAUCCUGCCCCUCCUAGAACUUCACAGGAGCCACACCAAAACUCUCACGGAGUGAUUCCUUCUGAAUCAAAGCCUUUCAUAGCUAGUAAACCUAAACCUCACACCCCUAGUCUUCCAAGGCCUCCAGGGUGCCCUGCUCAGCAAGGUGGGAGUGCCCCCAUUGACCCUCCUUCAGUCCAUGAAUCUCCACACCCUCCCCUGCCUGCCACUGAGCCAGCUUCUCGGUUAUCCAGUGAGGAGGGAGAAGGCGAUGACAAAGAAGAGUCUGUUGAAAAACUGGACUGUCAUUAUUCAGGUCAUCAUCCUCAGCCAGCAUCUUUUUGCACGUUUGGGAGUCGACAGAUUGGAAGAGGCUAUUACGUGUUUGACUCCAGGUGGAACCGGCUUCGCUGUGCCCUCAACCUCAUGGUGGAGAAGCAUCUGAACGCGCAGCUGUGGAAGAAAAUCCCACCAGUGCCCACCACCACGUCGCCCAUUUCCACACGUGUUCCUCACCGGACAAACUCCGUGCCGCAGACAUCACAGUGUGGGGUCAGUUAUCUGGCAGCUGCCACUGUGUCUACAUCCCCAGUCCUUCUCUCAUCCCCCUGCAUCUCUCCAAAUAGCAAAUCGGUACCAGCUCAUGGAACCACACUAAAUGCACAGCCUGCUGCAUGUGGGGCAAUGGAUCCUGUGUGCAGUAUGCAGUCCAGACAAGUGUCCUCUUCAUCCUCGUCCCCAUCCACUCCCUCUGGCCUCUCCUCAGUGCCCUCUUCCCCCAUGUCCAGGAAGCCUCAGAAGUUGAAAUCCAGCAAGUCUGUAAGGCCCAAGGAGUCUUCCGGUACCAGCACUAACUGUCACAACACCAGUAGCAGUACUAGUGGUGGCUCAGGAAAGAAGCGUAAAAACAGUUCCCCACUGUUUGUUCACUCCUCCUCCUCCUCAUCAUCGUCGACCUCCUCUUCCUCUUCUUCGCAUUCCAUGGAGUCUUUUAGGAAAAAUUGUGCAACUAACUCUGGGCCUCCUUACCCCUCAACGGUAACAUCUUCCCAUGGCCUUGGCCUCAACUGUGUGGCAAACAAAGCAAACUCAGUAAGUGUCCGGCAUGACCAGUCAGGGAGGGGCCCCCCUAGUGGGAGCCCUGCUGAAUCCAUCAAGAGGAUGAGUGUGAUGGUGAACAGUGGUGAUUCCACACUUUCUCUUGGACCAUUCAUUCACCAGUCCAGUGAACUGCCUGUCAACUCCCAUGGCAGUUUUUCACACUCACACACUCCUCUGGACAAACUCAUAGGAAAGAAAAGGAAAUGCUCACCUGGCUCAAGCAGUGUCAACAACAGCAACAGCAGCAGCAGCAAACCCACCAAGGUUGCCAAAUUGCCAGCCAUGAACAAUGUCCACGUGAAACACACAGGCACCAGCCCAGGGGCACAAGGACUGACGAACAGUUCCCUCCUUCAUCAGCCAAAGGCACGUCCCUGACAGCUGAAAAUAGCCCGGGGAGGAAUAAUCUGGACACUUUUGGCGACAAGUUACACCUCCACCCAGCACUCUGGACUCCAAGAUGCCUUUGAGUUUGUUUUCCCAACCUCCUGUGGGCCUCAAGGGUAGAAAUCUGCCGGGCUGUUGUUUUAACAAGGAUUUCCCUGAAGCUAUGUCUGUAGCUGUGAGUACUCAUAAAGGACACUGGAUCAAGUUCGGCCACGGAAUUGCUUUUAUCAGUGUUAAAGUGGUCAGGACUGUUUGCUACCAAUCUGUGAGAAGUUUUUGUUUUGUUUUUUUAACUUGCAGUAUAUCAUGGAGCCACUCUUCCAGUAGAUUGGCUGGGCAAAAGAAUGUUUUGGCAGGAGCAUUACUGUAUACUUUUCUCCCCUACCCCAGUUCUUGAUACUGUCUCCUGUAAGUCACCCUCUAGCCAUUAGGCUCCUUCCUCACCCUUCCAGGGGAGACAGAGCCACACACCCUGAGCAAGCCUUAGGAAAGGCAGUCUGUCCAUACGUUUUUAUAGCAAUGUUACAAGAAUGGAAAGCAUGUCAGCACAAAGCACUGUGGUAAAAUAGCCUGCAUUUUUGCCCAACCUUUUGCAAGUAGCCGAAUGAGACACUGUCACAAGUUUCAAGCUCACAAACUGGUUUAAAGCCAUUGAUGCUCAAAGAGCAGGUAGAUAUUUUAGAUGCUGACUUUUCAGUGGUACAAAAGCAAUUCUGUGACUUUUUUCAAAACUAGUUUUGAUCAAUGAAUACCAAUUUUGGCAGAGGGAGGAGGAAUGAUUAGGAGAAAAUCACUAUGGGAGAAUUUUUCUCCCCAAAGAUCUGGAAUUUUCCAAGCCUUUAACCUUUCAUGUUGAACAGUAUGGUAGAUUGGGUUGGUUAAUUUACCCAGUCUCAAUUAAAAAAAAAAACCCUUUGUAAAAUGGAAUUAUUAAGAUGCAGCAGAAGCGCUGUUCACAAAGUCACUAGUAGUCUUAAGUGUUUCCAAGGCAUUCUUGCAUCACCCUCUGUUCUCUUUGGAUACUAUCCAAAGUUCUGCUUUGAGCACUCCCCAUAUUGUCUGCGCUCCCAUUCCUGCCACUACAGAUAUUUAUUUGGGGUACCCUGAGGGUGUGGGAAGCAGGCACUCAGGGAGGGAAGUUGAGGAGGUGUAUUUGUACUCUUGCAGAGUUGAUCUGAUGCUAACUUUAGUAUUUCCCCAACACCCUCUAAGGAUUAAUGCCAGCCAUCUUCCUGAGAGAGUUUUGGAGACCUCCAGGAUAUUUGUCUUGUACCCCACCCCAGAAGAAAGAACUUAAGAUGUUCAAACAUCAGUGCUUGAGAAAGUAUCACUGUAUUUGGAAGACAAACUGGGGCUUUUUCACAUGUGAUUCCACCAUAGCUCCUAAAACUCAAGCCAGGCACUUUUGCUGAGAACACACAAAGUUGUGAACACAGGGUAAAUUUCCCAAAGGCUCCAAUUAUUGCCCUGAAAGGGCCUGGACAGAGCCAGUCAGUACAUCCUUUUUGCCCUAUUACAAUUCUGGGGUUACAAACUUCAGUUUCAGGGAACUCCAAGUCAACAACAGGUAGAAUGAAUAAAUACUUGGUUACCAGCCUAAUAAUGUGAAUUGCUACAGAACUUUUCUUAUUAUGUAAGAAAGCAAAAACUUUAUGCAGAUACUUUACCUAUAAAUUGGUGUAAAAUAUUGACUUUUUUUUUUAAAGGAAGGGAAAAUAGUAUCUUUUUCACUUAUAUGCAAUCAGUAAAAUUUUUUAAAUGAUAACUAUAGGAGAGCUUAGCAAGGAGAGAGCAUGGAUGGGCCAGUUUGUUACAGUUAGGAAAAAUCAGUCUGGUUGUUCCAUCACAGUGGAAAGAGAGAGAGGAGAUAAAAGGGGAUCAGAAUUUACUCAGUUGAUUCCUUGGUGAAAAGUGCAAUGGGGAAUGGGUAGGAUUUAUUUUCAGAGCCAAGGGGACUUGAUGAUUAUAAAUAAAGUUGCUUUUAGUGAUGGAAUUUAUUGACAGAUCAUGUUGUUCCAAAAGAUGUGAAUAGGAUCCAGGAUAGCAAGUUGAUUCAAAAUAAUGUAGAUACUUAUUAGAUUAGUGAGUGUUGAUCAUUUGAUUUCUUAGGCUGAGGUUUUAAUUGAAUUUCAUUGUUUCCCGAUAGUAAACAGAGCAUCGGGAAUAGGAAAUUAGCCAUUUUGGAUUCUGCCUGCCACAAACAGACCUAUUCUAAACAGUGCUAUUAAAUUUUACACUGUUGUUCAAAUAUUUUAUUUUCUCCUACAACUACUUUUUAUUAUGAACAAUUAUGACCAUUGAAAAUGGGAGUACGAGUAUUUUUUUGAAUUAAAUUAACUUGCAAAAAAAACCAAAUUUGCAAUGGUUGGGUUGUUUCUAGAUAGACUUUGGUAUCAAUUUAAAACCAAGAUAAAUUUUAUAUUCUUUCCAAUAGAAUUUCAUGGCAACUCCUGCAGUUUUCUUAACCUACAAAAAAAAAAAAAAAAAAGUGCUGCAAUGAUGAACAAAGAAUUAACAAAACCUACUUUUGUAUCUUUAUUUUGGAAUUUCUUGUUCUAUUAUAAAUAUGGAAGUAUCCCUAUUUCAGAAGACAUAUUUUGUUAAAAAUGAAUUGUACAUAUUUAAAUAUGUAUUUUUGCACAGGUCUUUUUUUCUGAUACCCUGUUUUGGUACAAUUGAGAUCAUCUAGUAUUUAUUUAUUAAUUAAUAAAAGUAAAUACCUUUUUAUAAUUUGAAGUGGUUCACUGCCAAGCCAAUAGUUCUAGAACCUGCCUCCUUUACAGAUUAAGGGAUGCCUCUGUUCUGUGAAAGUCUUUUUGUCCCUGUUAAUGUCUCGGGAUUGGAUUCAUACAGAUGAAAUGGGCAUUGCUUCUCCCUAGUUGCCUGAUUUCCCGAUAGACUACAUGUAACUAAGUGACACACUGCUUUUAUUUUGUUCGUGAUUUGUGUGUGUGUGUGUGUGUGUGCAUGUGCGCAUGUGUAUACUCUGAGCACAUGUGUUAAGUGUGUAAUGUGGUUUAAAACUAAUGGGAAAAAAAAACAACUGAAAGUGCCUGAACCUAAUUUUAAGCUUAGACAGAUUCUCUUUAAAAAGACUUGAAUGUUCAGUUGAACUUUUGAAGUUUUCUUUUUCCACCUACAUACUGCUUUUCUAUCUUUUUUUUUUUUUUUCCUGAAAAUUUAGAGGAGGACUUGAAGACCACCAGUGCUGGUAAUUUUUAAGGUAUUUUAAAAGUAAGACCUUUUGUGUCACAGUAAUUCAACUGGUGAUGGAUUGUGUAAUGACACCAGGGGUUGCAAAUUGUUGUCAGCCAGCAACAUACACAGUGUGUCCGUUUUGUUAAUCAUUCAUGAAAUACAGAGUUUAAGGUAGACUAACUAUUUUGUAUUCCAAAAAAAUAAUGCAACGUACCUCGGAGAAAGUUGAAAAAAAAUGUAUAAUUUUAAAAAUGUAAAUUAUAAAGGCAGCUGUCUUCCCUCAAGAGUUCUGUUGCCAAGGAAUUUCUUAUCUCAGAUUCUGUCCUGGUGUUGGGAGGGCUGUGGACUUUGAAAAAUGAUUGUUAAAUCCUUCCUUGUUUAGCUGAAAGUAAUCAUUUUUUACAUUUCUCGCAAACCAUUUUACAUUUUCAUAUCAUUUACAUGAGCACUACAUACUGUCAGUGUGAAUGUAGGGCCUUGAAAGCAUUUAGCUGGGGUUGUUUGUUUGUUUUGAGCUUGGUUAUAAAAGCAAUCUCCUGUGUUAAAAUGUGUGAAUAGUUUGAUAAUUCCUACACAUAAUCAAGAGCAUCUCAGCUGGACUUUGUGUUGGCUGCUGUAUAGAACAUGAACAAAUGUCAAGGGAUAGAAAAUUACUUUGGAUAUUUAAAAGAGAAGAAAUAUAUAGUCUAUUUGUUUUGUAACAAGUUUCUGUAAAUAAAAUAAUUUAUACUAUUUAUAAGAAAAAGUUGUGCUUUGCUUUAUAAGACGUUAGUUUGUGGAACAAACAUGUUACUAUACGGGCAAUAAAAUUAGGACUUCUCAAUAAAUAAUGCUGGCUGCAUGAAAUAUC